AUGGCGCAGAGAUGGACUUUUGAGGUACCAGUCAACGUCACUGCCACUUCUCUGGUGAACCUCACGUGGGCACCUCAUACGUUCAAUGUCGCCAAAAAUGGGGAUUUUCUUCUAAAUCUAUGGCUUUUGCGCGCCGAUUCGCAAGAUAACACAGUAGUUCAAAAAUAUGCACCUUUUCUUCUUGCGGGCAAUCAAGAUGUCUACAAUUCUUCCGUUCUAUGGACACCUACAGUCGAUGAUAUCGAUUUCAAUGUUUCAGCGGCCGGAAUGCAUCAGCUGGCAUGGGAACAUAGUUCAAAUAAUACAAGUCUCAAUUCAUCAAGCACAAAACUUGAGGCGUGGUCAAGGGGAUUCCACAUUAUAUCGCCGGUCUCCUCAAGCACUUCUUCGACAUUACUUUCCGCCCCAUCAUCAACCUUAUCAAGUUCAGCAACUCUCGCAAGCUCAACAUCUUUCGCGAUCUCCACAACCUCAGUAGCCUCAACCACCCCAAUAACCUCAGCCGUCUCCCAAGAACCCGCCCAACAAACCGCCUCCCCAACCGGACCUAGCAGGGCCCUCACCAUCGGGCUGGUAAUCGGAAUCGGAAUCCUCAUCAUAAUCUCCCUCUCUGCUUCAUUCUGGGGAUUCCGAAAAUACCGACGGGCAAAGAAAAACUCCCCCCUCAAACUACUCUCCACACCCCCCGACUCACCAUCAACCUCAAACUCACAAAUGUCUUACAACUCACCAACCAACUCGUUACCAAACACAAUGAUACCCCAUGAAUACUACACGCCAUCUACAAAUCCACCACUUGGUGCAACGCCGCAUUCAAUGCCGAACUCAACACCACACGAAUACGACAACCCACCUACAAACUCACCACACGAAUACUACCACCCACCUACGCAUGUAUCACCCAGCUCAAUACCGCACCCAGCACCCCACGAAUCCCACAUCUCCCCUACAAUUUCCACCCCCGACGCCACACCACGUGAAUACCACGCUCCGUCUACAAACCUCGUACCCGUAGCUCGUGCAGAACUCCACUCGUAUCCCGUUUCGUAUCCGAUUCCCGCACCGGCGCGUGAUAGGUCUAUGGAUAAGUUUUUGCCGGGAGAUGUCAAACCGGCUGAGUUGGAGGGUCAUGGGAGGAGCGUGGAGAUGUAG